AGUUCACACACAACGCACUUCCGUUGUAUGCCCACACGUUUACUGCUCAAUAACACUGAAAUCGCCUUACGUAGCAGUGUGAGUUAUGGACCUGUUUUCAUUGUAUGCUUAGUUAAGUGAUCAUCUGGGACAGUCUAAACUCCUGCCUUGAUCGUUUGGUUUGCUUUUCAUCAUGAGUAACAUCACCUCCUGCACUGAACCUCAGACCCUUGUUUCUUCCAUUUUAAAGCCCAUUCUCAUUGUGGAGUUCAUCUUUGGGUUGCCUGGAAAUGUCUUUGCUCUGUGGAUUUUGUUCUUCAAGUCUCCAUGGAAAGCCUGCAAUGUGUAUCUCUUCUGCCUGGUGAUUUCUGACCUCCUACUCCUCACUGGGCUGCCUUUCCACAUAGAUUAUCUCUUUCGUGGUGAAGACUGGAUAUUUGCCGAAUCCUUUUGCUGCCUCAUUUUAUAUAUCAUAUCAGUAAACCACUCAGCAAGCAUGGCUUUCAUGUCAAUUUUGGCCGUGGACAGAUUCCUCAGGAUUCUUCACCCACACCAUCGCAUUUGUCGAAUGAGUGUGAGACAAGCAAUGAUGUUGGUUAGCAUGGUUUGGAUAGGUGUUCUACUCCUUCGUCUUUCACCCGCCCUGAACCUGGUUCUCACACCACAGAAAAACUCAUCAAAUCUCAUAUGCCAUAGUUUUUUCUCAUGGACAUGGCCAUCGGUUCAAAUGAAGAUAUAUAAUUCAGUACAGCUGAUAGAGGUCCUGCUAGCAUUUGCACUGGUGGUCUUCUGUUUUGUGAGGGUUUUCUCUCAUGUCCACAGUCGCCAGGGGGCUCACCGCAGGCUGAAGCGAGCAGUGAGAUUGCUUCUGUUUCUUGUGAUCAUGUUUGUUCUGUGUUUCCUGCCUACAGUCACUUUUGGCAUCUUCCUUCAAGUGUUUCCCUGUUCGGAAUUCCUCAUGGUGUGUUUUCAUGCCUCUUUAGCUUUAACCUACAUGAACAGUGCACUGGAUCCAGUAAUCUACUGCCACAUAAACGCUUGGUACCGUGACACCCUGAAGGGCACAACCAACUCACUGGGGCUGACAAAGUUCAAGAUGAGUGCGAAAACGAACAGAAAAUGUUAAUCUACCUGGUAAACUGUUGUUGCUUACAAUCAAUGUGUUGG